GAUUGCAUCAUCAAUGUGCGCUCUGAAAGCCGGUCCCUUCGACAUCGUGUAACUCACGCCUUUUAAACUUUUGCGUCUAAUUUCUCAACAGAAGCUAACACGUUCAUCUUUUUACAAUGACAGAGAGAAAAGGAACAGCAAAGGUUGAUUUCUUAAAAAAGAUUGAGGGAGACGUGCAACAGAAAUGGGAUAGCGAGAAAGUGUUUGAAGUAGAUGCACCAGACUGUUUCAAAGAAAAUGAUGUCAAGAAUAAGUUCUUGGUCACAUUUCCAUAUCCCUAUAUGAAUGGUCGACUACAUCUUGGACAUACCUUCUCUCUUUCAAAGUGUGAGUUUGCUGUGGGAUUUCAGCGAUUAAAAGGGAAACAUUGCCUCUUUCCUUUUGGGCUUCAUUGUACUGGAAUGCCAAUUAAAGCUUGUGCAGAUAAACUGAAGAGAGAACAUGAGGUUUAUGGAUACCCACCUCAAUUUCCAGAUGAGGAUGAAGAAGUUCCAGUUACAAAGCAAGGGGAUGAGAUUAUUAUAAAAGAUAAAGCCAAAGGAAAAAAGAGUAAAGCAGCAGCUAAAUCGGGAGGUGCAAAAUACCAGUGGGAGAUCAUGAAAUCUUUGGGUCUGUCUGAUGAAGAGAUUGCCAAAUUUGCUGAAGCUGAAUAUUGGCUCCAAUAUUUCCCACCUUUGGCAGUGCAGGAUAUGAAGUGCAUGGGGCUCAAGGUCGACUGGCGACGUUCAUUCAUAACAACUGAUGCUAACCCAUACUAUGACUCAUUUGUAAGGUGGCAGUUUAAGACACUGAAAGAAAGAAAUAAGAUCAAAUUUGGAAAAAGGUAUACCAUAUACUCUCCAAAGGAUGGACAACCUUGCAUGGACCAUGAUAGGCAGACAGGAGAGGGAGUUGGCCCACAAGAAUAUACUUUAAUUAAAAUGAGGAUAAUGGAACCUCUGCCUUUAAAACUACGUACUCUCAAAGGUAGAUCCAUAUUCAUGGUGGCAGCUACUCUUAGACCAGAGACAAUGUUUGGACAAACUAACUGCUGGGUCAGACCUGACAUGAAGUAUAUUGCAUUUGAGACUUCAAGUGGAGAGAUUUUCAUUAGUACUAGGCGGUCAGCGAGGAACAUGUCAUAUCAAGGCUUUACGAAAGAGAAUGGUGUUGUACCUGUUGUUAUAGAGCUUCUUGGAGAGAACAUUUUGGGAUGUGCACUUCAUGCUCCUCUUACUUCCUACAAGACAAUUUAUGCUUUACCAAUGCUUACAAUUAAAGAAGAUAAAGGAACAGGAGUGGUCACCAGUGUUCCUUCUGAUGCUCCAGAUGAUAUUGCAGCACUUAGAGAUUUGAAAAAGAAACAAGCUUUGAGAGAGAAAUAUGGAAUCAAGGAUGAAAUGGUCCUUCCAUUUGAACCAGUCCCUAUAAUUGAUAUCCCUGGAUAUGGCCAGCUCUCGGCUCCCCAAGUAUGUGAUGAACUUAAGAUUCAGAGUCAAAAUGACAAGGAAAAACUUGCUGAAGCAAAGGAAAAGGUUUAUCUUAAAGGAUUUUAUGAAGGUACAAUGCUAGUGGAUGGAUACAAAGGUCAGAAAGUUCAAGAUGUUAAGAAAUCAAUUCAGAAGAAGAUGAUUGAUUGUGGGGAAGCCUUGAUCUAUAUGGAGCCCGAGAAACAGGUCAUUUCUAGAUCUGCAGAUGAAUGUGUGGUAGCACUCUGUGACCAAUGGUAUUUGGAUUAUGGAGACAAUAACUGGAAAGAGGGAGCCUCCGUGUGCUUGAAAUCUCUUGAAACAUACUGUGAAGAGACCAGAAAAAAUUUUGAAGCCACACUGGCUUGGUUGAAAGAGCAUGCUUGUUCCAGAACAUACGGCUUAGGAACUCGUCUGCCAUGGGAUGAACAGUGGUUAAUAGAGUCUCUGUCAGAUUCUACCAUAUAUAUGGCUUUCUACACUGUAGCUCACCUUCUUCAGGGAGGCACUUUGAAUGGACAGGGAUCGUCUCCACUUGGAAUCAAGCCAGACCAAAUGACUAAAGAAGUAUGGGAUUAUGUAUUCUUUAAAAACUUCCCCUUUCCCAACACAUCCAUUCCUAAGGAGAGUCUACAGCAAUUAAGGCGGGAAUUUGAGUACUGGUAUCCUGUGGAUGUUCGUGCAUCUGGCAAAGAUCUUGUUCCAAAUCACUUGACCUAUUAUCUCUAUAAUCAUGUGGCUAUGUGGCCUAAUGACAGUGGAAAAUGGCCUUUGUCAGUACGCGCUAAUGGACAUCUCCUCUUAAACUCUGAGAAGAUGUCAAAGUCUACUGGAAAUUUUCUCACUCUGAGUGAAGCUGUUGACAAGUUUUCAGCUGAUGGGAUGCGACUAGCUCUUGCUGAUGCUGGAGACACUGUGGAGGAUGCUAAUUUUGUUGAGACAAUGGCGGAUGCGGGAAUUCUUCGUCUUUAUACUUGGAUAGAGUGGGUGAAAGAAAUGAUUACCAGCCAAGACACUCUGAGAAGUGGCCCUGCUGACUCUUUUAAUGACAGAGUCUUUGCUAGUGAAAUGAAUGCUGGCAUAAUAAAAACCGAGCAGCAUUACCAGAAGAUGAUGUAUAAAGAAGCUCUGAAAACUGGAUUCUUUGAAUUUCAGGCUGCGAAGGAUAAGUAUCGAGAGCUUGCAAUUAAUGGAAUGCAUAGAGAUUUGAUAUUAAGGUUUAUCGAGUUGCAGUCUUUGCUGUUGGCUCCAAUCUGUCCCCAUGUUUGUGAAUUUACUUGGUCUCUUCUUGGAAAGUCUGGAUUGCUUAUGAGAGCAUUGUGGCCGGUUGCUGGUCCAGUGGAUGAAAUUUUGAUUCGGUCCUCUCAGUAUGUAAUGGAAACUGCUCAUGAUCUCCGCCUUCGUCUUAAAAACUACAUGACACCUGCGAAAACGAAGAAAGGAGAAAGCAAACCACCUCAGAAACCAUCCCACUGUACUAUCUAUGUGGCCCAGAAUUAUCCCUUGUGGCAGCAUGUGACCCUUACUCUGCUACGCAAACAUUAUGAGGAUAAUAGUGGGCAGUUGCCGGACAAUAAAGUAAUUGCCACUGAAUUGGGAGCCAUGCCAGAGCUGAAGAAGUACAUGAAGAAAGUGAUGCCCUUCGUAGCAAUGAUAAAGGAAAACCUGGAGAAGAAAGGUGAGCGAAUUUUAAACCUCCAGUUAGAAUUUGAUGAACGUGCUGUUAUGUUGGAGAAUAUCAUCUAUUUAACCAACUCUCUUGAGCUGGAGAAGAUUGAUGUGAUUUUUGCAUCUGAAGCAGAUGAUAAAAUUAAAGAAGAAUGUUGUCCUGGAAAACCAUUUUGUGUCUUUAAAUCUGAGCCCAGCAUUCCUGUGUGCCUUGUGAAUCCCCAGCCAGCCAAUGGCCAUUUCUCGACAGUGAUUGAUAUCCGAGAGGGUGACAGCAGGGACAGCAUCCUCCGAAGGCUGAUGAAAGUAGACAGAGCAAUCAAAGAGCUAUCAACAGUUAAACUGAUGCGAUACGAAGACCCUUUGCUGGGACCACGCCGUGUUCCCAUUCUAGGAAAGGAGGAAGUGGGAAAGACACCAAUAUCAAAUGAGAGCAUCUUCCACAUAAACCCUAAUACUAGAAAAGUCCACAUUAAAGACAACGGGCUCAUGGUGGACAUUGGGGAUACUCUGGUAUACCUGGUCCAGUAGUUGUCAAUUUCAUACUCGGCAGCAGAUCCAUGUUGUUUCCGUUUGAGAAAAGAAAGAGUGACUUCAGUAAUGACUUGCAUGGAGGGACUUUUCAUAUCAUGCCUAAGUUGGGUUCAGCUUUAUAAAUAAUUCUAGGACCGUAAUAAACAAAUCAGUAUUGAUUCAUUUUAAAUACAAUAUAUCACCCACUAGCAAACAAAAUAUUUUACUUUACUUUCUUUAUAAUAAAACCAAAUGCCAAUGAGAGAGUAGAAAAUAUCUAAAUAUGUAAUGCAAAUCACUGUACUUCAGCGUAGAGAAGUGAACUAACCUAAAAGGGUUUUGUCUGCCAUUAGUGUUAUUUAUAUAAUGUACAAUUUCUACUGUCAAUUUCAUCAAUGCAUCUUUUCCAGUCAGCUUUUCCACCUUCUUGUUAACUUGAUCCCAUUAUUUUUUCUUUUUCUAUAUUGCUUGAUGCAUUCAACUCGCUAUUGAGUUUUAUUAUAAAUAAUACAACUGUAGUUCUGCACUCAUAAAGUUGUUUAUUCAGGACAUUCUGCGACUUAAGUAAGUAGGAAUGUGUGCCGAUUGUCGUCAAAUGCUCUUAGAAGUGAACAUUGUUGAAAUACGGAUGAAAAAAUGCAACUGUUGCCUAUUUACUGAUGCACUUAAAAAACAUUUGCAGAGAGAGAUGGAUUUUAAAUGUAAGAUGUUAUAGGACAUUUAUACAUCUGUUACAUAUCACACAUCCCAAAAUGCCAAGUGAGCCACAGUACGCUUAUCUCUAAAGUGUGUUUAGCCCAAUGCAUUGUUGACUGACUGACUGUUGUAAGCAAGAUGUGCCUCAUUGCAACCUAGUAAGAUUGAAUUUUUAAUUAAUUCUUGACCUGAACCCUAUUAAACCUGUUCAAGUGUACAAGUA